AUGGCCGGCACUAAGCCUACUAGCUGCGCCGACUACCACGUAGCAUGGAUCUGCCCUGUCGCCGACAUUGAGCUUCUGCCUGCGCGCCUGAUGCUUGACGAGGAGUACCCCACCCCGCUGUACGACACGCACUACGAUGAGAACACCUACGUCUGCGGCACUAUCAGCGGCCAUGCAGUCGUCGUCGCAACCUGUCCACCAGGCGAGACGGGCAACGUCAACGCCGGGCGCUUGACGGGGUCGAUGUUCAAGACGUUUCCCAACAUCCGCAUGGCAGUGCUUGUGGGCAUUGGAGGCGGAAUUCCUGGCCUGGCUGUGUCGGAAGACUCCCUCGAGAACGUCCACCUUGGAGACGUGGUGGUAGGAUGGCCGGGCGACGGCAAGCCCGCGUGUGUCUACCAUGAGCGAGGCAGAUGGAAAGUCGACGGACAGUUUGAGAUGGUGGGCACGAUGGGAAACCCAGACUGGAGGCUGACCAACGCGCUCGGCUUCCUUGCGGUGGACUACGAAAUGGGCAAAACGACGUUUGAAGAUCAGCUUGCGAGACUACAGCGGUCCAAAUCAAAGAAGAAGUUCACACGCCCUAGACUCAAACACGACAAACUCUUCAAGACGACGUACCGUCAUGCCGGCGACUAUAGAUCGAAUUGCACAACGUGCGACCCGAGCGAGCUCGUCCAGCGACCCCAACGCAGCGAGGAAGAGCAGCACACGCUCGUGUUCCAUCGAGGGAGGAUUGCCACUGGCAAUGCGGUUAUCCACGAUGCCCUUGCUCUCGAGGCGGCUUAUCGGGCGGGAGAGCAGCAGCCUGCGCAUGCCAUCUUCUGGGUACCAGCGGUCAGCCGAGAGAGCUUCGAGCAAGCGUACCGAGAGAUAGGACGGCUGCUGCGCAUACCGGGCAUCACCGGCGCCAAGGCUGACGUGAAGCAGCUCGUCAAGGCGAGACUGAGCGACGAAGGCUUUGGGCAGUGGCUGAUGGUUGUCGACAACGCAGACGACGUCGACGUUCUUUUCGAAGUAGUCGGGGAAGGACGCAGCGGAGACCGGCUAAUUGACUACCUCCCGCACAGCCGCAAAGGCUCCAUCGUGUUUACUACCCGGACCCGCAAGGCUGCAAUCGACCUGGCUGAGAAUAAUGUUAUAGUGCUGGGUGAGCUGAGCGAGAGAGAAGCAUUGGAAAUGGUAAGAACACGCCUGAUUCUCGAACAACAAUAUCAAGUUGAGGAUGAAGUGACGGUCCGCGAGUUUCUGGGCAUGCUCGCCUUCCUUGCUCUUGCGAUCGUCCAGGCAGUAGCGUUUAUCAACCGAAACGAUAGUACGCUUUCUGGCUAUAUUCGACUAUACCGAGCGAGCGAGGAAGAGGCAGGCAAGCUUCUUAGUAAAGAAUUCAAGGACCAAAGCAGAUAUGAAGAGAUUGAGAACGCUAUCGCUACAACGUGGUACAUCUCUUUUGAACAGAUUCAGAAGCAUGACAAAGGAAAGUACGCAGAGGCAGAGGUGAUAGAUCGAGAGACGCUGGCACUAAGGGAGAAGGUGUCAGGAAAAGAGCAUCCAGACACGAUAACGAGCAUGAACCACCUGGCACAAGCACUUGGCGGCCAGGGAAAGUACGCAGAGGCCGAGGCGAUGCAUCGAGAGACGCUGGCACUAAGGGAGAAGGUGCUCGGGCAUGAGCAUCCAGACACCCUGGCGAGCAUGAGCAACUUGGCGCUAGUGCUGGACAAGCAGGGCAAGUACGAAGAGGCCGAGGCGAUGAACCGACAGACGCUGGCGCGGCGAGAGAAUGUGCUGGGGCCUGAGCAUCCAGACACCUUGACGAGCGUGUACUACCUAGCUCAUCUUCUUGCGAAACAGCAUCGCGUCGAUGAGUCUUUACUUCUUUACCAAAGGGCAUCCGCUGGUAACAUCUACAAGCAAGAGAUCAAGACUGUCACGUGGUCUAGCCAAGAUUGGCAUUAA